UUAGCAAUGUGUAUUUCUAAAGUCUGUGUGCUUUUGGGAUUACUUUUUUGUGGCCAAUCCCGGUGCUCGGAGUGUCCCGGUGGCUGCGACUGCUUUGCUGUCACACACACAUUGAAAUGUGUGUCUAAGAAUCUUCUGAUGGUGCCUCAAAUAAUUCCUGGAUAUGCAAAGACUGUCAUCAUCACAGGGAAUACUAUUCAGAGGAUUGGACCUAAUUCUUUUACAGAGCUGGAGAACGUUUCCCAUGUCAUAUUAAGCAAUAAUGGGAUGACAGAGAUGGCAUCGCACAGCUUCUCCACACUCAUCAACCUACGCUUCCUGGACCUAAGUGGCAACCAGCUGUCUAUCAUCCAUCCGGAAGCUUUAAGCAUCCCUGGCAGUCCGCUUCAGGAGCUCAACCUGAGUUGUUCACUCUACAACUUCACAGCCUUGACAGACCUCACCACAGCUCUGCGUUGGGGGGACCUCCGGGGUCUUCUCCGUUUAGACCUUUCCGGGAAUCACCUCGCUCUGCUUCCUCCAGGGAUGUUCUCCCACCUGCUCAAUCUACAGCAGCUCUUCCUUGGCAACAACUCUCUCGUGGCAGUCUACAGUGGAACCUUCUCUGGCAUGGCAAACUUGGCAGCACUCGAUCUGAAGCACAAUGCUUUCAGGACAUUCGCGACCGAUGAUCUCAAAGAACUGGAGAAGCUGGGGAACAUCCGAAUACUUCUGGGUAACAAUCCGUACUCCUGCACCUGUGAGAUUCAGAGUUUUGUAGCUUGGUUGAAUGAUUCACGGGCUCAGGUAGAUGUGGAUUCUGUGAGGUGCGCCUCGCCCAAGGGAUUGACAAACACCCGACUUCGAGGACUUGGGUUGAAGGCCAUUGGAUGCAUUGUUCCCAUCCAAACAGAGAUUACUGACCUCAGCCUACAGACCUCCUAUGUCUUCCUUGGGUUGGUACUGGGCUUCGUGGGCAUGGUCUUCCUCUUUGUCCUGUAUCUGAAUCGCAAAGGCAUGAAACGGUGGAUCAUAGAAAUGAGAGAUGCAUGUCACGACGUCAUGGAAGGAUAUCAGUAUCGAUAUGAGAUUGACUCGGACCCACGCUUGGGGCACCUCUCGGGCCAAAACGGCAGCAAUAGGCCACGUCAACAUUUAGGAGUCACUCUGUCGCAACAACCACCAAAUGACACUUGCAUUGUUACAGAAGAAGCACAGGUCAAACCUCUAAAAUCUCCUUCUGAACCCAGAAAUGUCCUGUAGAUUAUAAUACUAGUAGUUUAGUGCCAGUAGGUUUACAGUUAAUUUUUGUUUCUGAGCUUCUGCAUGUAAAUCUAGUAAAUCUAACCUUGAAAGUGCCUUCGUGCUUGGAUGGCACUCACUGGAUUUUUUUUUAGCUGCAGUAAACUGGCAUUUUUAGAAAAGUAGGAUUGUCAAACAUGCAAAAAUAAGCUUGUUUCUUUGUUGUUCAUUUUUAUUUCUAUUCAUUUACUAUGUCUUAACACACACUCACCCACUGCAUUGGGUGGCCUUCCCACUCCAGUGGAAAACAUACAUGAGCAGUAUCAUUUUUUUAAGCCUUUACAAAGACAUAUCUCUUAUAUAUACUGUGUGUCUUCCUGUGUAAGUUUGCAAGUUCUACCCAUGCUUGUGUGGAUUUUCUGCGGUUCCCUCCAACAUUCCAAAAACCCGUUCUUAACUUCAUUGACGUGAUCAUUCAUUGUAGAUGUUGUUGGAUGUAAUUCUACCUUCACCUGUGAUUGGCUGUGGCGAGUUCAGUGCUGUAAGUUGCCCGCCUCUCACCCAAGGUCAGCUGAGAAUUACAGAAAAUGGGCAGAUGGCUAUUUUUGUAUGAAUUUAUAGCCAUCUGAUUAUUUUCAGUAACGCUUGUCCAAAUUAUGGUAGCAGCUGAUUCGGAGCCUAUCCAAGUGUGAGUGUGAAGCUGGCUACACACUGGGCAGGUUGCCAGUCGGCUGUCAGUGAACAUCCAUUCACAUUCGUACAAUUUAGAUCCAUCAAUAACCUAACAUUAAUGUAUUUUUUCCCCAUUUGGGAGGCACAAACCAACUCCAAUGGCCAAGGGCGUAGGUUUGCAUAGGGACGGUAGGGACAUAAGACGACCAACUUUUCAGAAUGCUCAAAUUGUCCCCACCAAUGUUUAAGCACCCUAUAUAUAUUCUAUAAUGAGUUCAGUUAUACAGGUAAUUUACAUGGUCUUCCCAUACGUUGUAAGGAUAGAAUAGACCCUACAAUUUUUAAGUGAAUUAUUUUCAUAAUGUCUAAACUUACAUUUACCCCUUUUGACUUGCUGAAUGUGCCGGUCCAUUUUUACCCCCUCACACGCACGUUUGAUUGGCUGAUGACUUGACCCACCCCCGACAUACACAUGCACCCUCACACUCACACAGCCCCGACAGAAAUACAUGUCAACAACAUGCUGCCUAUUCCGCCCCCUUCGAAGAGGAGGGAAAUUAGAAGUUUUUUUCUGCCAGCAGCAGCCACUGUAAGUAAUUUAAAAAGACACUAAUGUAGCGGAAGUGGGAAAUACACCACUAAUUUUGGUACUGAAAGUCUGACCUGUAUCAGAGUUAGCAUAAAAUUGAACUUGCUAAUUUGCGAAACCUGAGUAGGACGCUGCAUAGAGAGAAGUGUCCUACUGUUUGUGUUUUCUACUGGUAACAUUAACUAAACUGUAAGAAAUGUAGUGAACUGCUGGAAAUUAUACAACCAGAAAAACGUUAGCAAGAAACUGCUUACAGAGAUACAGGUGCUACAUAACCACAUAUGUUGCGUACACAACACAACAUACACACCACAUAAUCAUAAUUAACUAUAUACUGUACAUUUGAAAAAAAGAUGUUGUUAUAAGGGGGGAUGCCGCGAGCUACCCACACUAGUGUUGCGAUCGACUGGUCGAUCGUGAUUGACGUAAUGAGCACCUCUGAUUCAGCCAAACAAUUAAUUAAGUUUAUAUUUGUGAAAAAUGUAGCCUUCACCCAAUCUUUUUUUUUUUUUUUAACCUGUCCUGUUUAGCUGUUUGACACGGUGAAUGGAACUCUAAGUGUCCGGUUGGCCUGAACAGUUUUAAUGUUUCACAUUCAGAGCAUGACAUACUCCCAUUGUGAUCAUUCAACAUACCUCGUUUAUUAUGACAAAGCCGCAAACGGGAAGGGGUUAUGGGGGAACAGAAGAAAAGAAAAGAAACACAAGAUAAGAAAGAAAAGAAACACUAAAAACAAAAAGAAAUACAUUGAACACCUACACUAACUAUGAAUAUGUUGGUGCUAUCGUCAGCAAGGUGUAUUUCCGUUUGACACCAUGUGGGGGGCCUGUUGACCAGGGAAAGAAGGGUAAGAGGGUGGAGGAGUCUAUAGGAUAAGUCACUGGAGGGGUGGAGUGGACACAAAUCAGCUCAGUGAUCUACAAACCAGUAAUCGUGUGAAUCCCUUGUGGGUGUAAGCCCGUCGGCAACCGACCCUGCGCUGCCCCAUUGACAAUCCCAGCACCGGGCCCCCCACCCGAGCGCGCCCAAUCACAUCCAGCCGCGCGUGAGCCCCACCAAACAGGAGACGGCCACACAGAUGGGCCGUUCACCCAAUCUAUUUGGUCUUUGGUCCCAUCCCAAGCAAAAAUUUUACAUGCAGGUUACGCUGUUAUAUUGUCCUUACCAAUGUCGAGACCAAUCCUACGCCCUUGCCAAUGGCACAGCCUGAGCCAAGAUUCACAACACAUAACUUCUCUUCUGUUAUCUUUGUGAAGGACAAAAUUUGGAUACAGUUUAUGUGGUAGUAUAUUAUCAUGCAGGUUUACCAAAUGACAGUAUAUUUACUUAGAUCAAUAACAUAGUGGAAUGGAAUUUGCUCAGUGGAAUGAGAAGUACGGUAUUUCAUAGAAUAGCUAUUUAUAGAACAUGCAUCUUAAAAUCUAAUCAUUUACUCCAUGUUGUAAUGUAAAUCAUAGAAUUUUGAUUAGUUUAGGUUCUGUAUUAGGUAUUACAAGAUUUCUGAGCUACCGGCAUUAAAUGU